AACUCUGUAAUGAAUUUAAUUAUUUUAUUUUUAAACACCUCAUAAAUUCAUAAUUUAUCAUUAUUAAAUGUUGAAAAUUUAUUGCAAAAAAAAAUGGAAGAAAUAUUUAAUUGCAUUUACUAGUAAAGUGUGUUCAAUUUUCUCCAUAAUCAUUUCCAAGUUGCAAACAACUUUUUUUUUUCCCCUAAAACGAAUGAAAGAGUAAAAAGAUAUUGAUAGCUCCGAACAAUAAUGGAAACAUCGGAAAAUCCGGCCGGUGGAAAAUCAGCCGCCGAUCAAAUAAAGAAGGAUCUGAGAGUCCAGAACGCUAGUCUUAGCUCUUCAUCUCUCAGUGACACCCCGGAAUUAAAAAAACCGCGUACCCUAACCGAAUCGCCGUCAUGGGAGGACUUUCAAAGUCCUCGAUUAUCACGCCGUCGUAGACGUCUGGAGUUCAAGCUUCGUUUCAUAAACUCGCCGCGGCCGGUUGUAUUCACGUAUUCUAAUAUCAAGGCUAAAGACGGUUCUUCGUUGGCAGUUGAGCUCGUCAAAGUAGCCACGGACAGGAGAGUUACUUCGGGCCCGCUAUCGUCCUCUCAGAUUGAGAUCGUGGCGCUGGACGCGGGGUUCACGGCGGGAAGCUGGACCUUGGAAGAGUUCAAUCGGAAGAUUGUCAUGCCGCGGGAAGAUAAACGACUGUUACUUACCGGAGAUCUGAUCCUGACGCUUAAGGACGGGGUCGGAGUGAUCGAAGAUGUAUCUUUCACCGACGCCUCAAGCGGGUUGGUGAGCCAAAAGUACCGAUUAGGGGCUAAACCGAUCAAGGGAGGAUUUUUGGAGGCGAGAAGUGAAGCCUUUGUAUGUCGAUACCAUCCAAGGGAAAAUAUUGAUACUGUAGCAGUUUAUGGGUUUGAAAAGCAUUAUCCUCCCUAUCCGCAGAGUGAGGUCUGGAGGCUGGAGGGAAUCCCAAAAAACGGGGUUGAAGCAUCGCUUUUGGCGGAAGACGAUAUUCAUACCGUCAAAGACAUUCGCCGUCGUAUUGCAAUAGAUCCAGACGCCUUACACCAGAUACUUGAGGAAUGUCUGUCAAAGGAAACUCUGGACACGAUUGUAUCCCAUGCAAUGCAUUGCGUGUUGGAUGGCGACAAGUUUUAUGCCUACGAAGUGAAAGACCAGGGAGUAUUUCUUCUGUUCAACUCUUUUUACGAGUUAGUACAAGUGUCGUUCGAUGGAGUCACCUCACUAAACUGCCAUCAGUUGACUUCCAACCAAAAGGAACUUAUUAACCAUAUGAAGCCUGAAGCUUAUAAAAAUGUUGAAUUGUUUGUCCCUGUGUAUAGAUCGGACUCUCUGGAUCAUAAUACAUUGUGGCAGAGCAACUGUCUAGCACCAGAGUUUUCAGCAUUUGGAAGUGAUGACUCUGAUAUAUAUCAAAUUCGUCCCACAGACCCACCAUGUGUUUCACUCGACAAGUAUGAUGUCGUCAUCAGAUACGAUGAAUCAGAGAUGAGCAAUGGUUUCAUCAGCCAUCUCCAUGCUGCCCUCUGCCAGAAAGAGAUUUCAGUCGCACGAGCUUCCCUAUCCAAACCAGUGGACGUAGUUCCAAAAUGUAGGGUUAUGAUCACAUUCUUAAACUAUAAGUGUGAUUCUUAUGGCCUCCUUGAAUUUAGUGAACGCCUUCUAAAGAAGGAGGUACAGGCUUCUCAGAUUUUUUACAGACUGACACUACGUCAUUCGAUCGAUGAAAGGAAGAAACUUGAGAGAUUUUCCUUCCAAUACCAGAAAAGAAUGUGGUGGAAUGUUUUGCAAAAAGUAGCUCAGGAGCCCGACGAAAUAGUAAUAGCCAUGUCUGAGUCUGAGCUUAUGCGUAAGAUUGUCAGAGAUGUUUCUAAGUUGCUUUGUGACAAUGAUAAGGAGAAGAUGAUUGGUAUGGAUACGCAAGUAGAUGAGGUCUUGUCGCUACUACGCAUUGAGUCCCUAGAUGUUCGCGGCAUAGGUAUAUGGGGCACGGCUGGUAUAGGAAAGACAGCCAUUACUGAAAAAAUCUUUCGCAGAAUCUCUGUCCAAUACAAAACUUGCGUCUUCCUGAAGAACCUUCAUGAACAAGUAGAAGAAAAGGGGCAGGUUACUAUGAGGGAGGAAUUUUUGUCUAAAAUCUUAGAGGUCGAAGCAUCACUGUUGCGGAUUUUCGACAUUAACAAGUCUUUCUUGAGGAGCAAGCUUCGGUGUAAGAAGGUUCUUGUUGUUCUUGAUGAUGUAAAUGAUUGUAAGGAUAUUGAAACCUUUCUGGGGGAUCUAAAAUAUUUGGGUGGAGGAAGCAGAAUAAUCAUAACCUCUAGAAAUAGGCGAGUGUUCGUGCAGACUGAAAUGGAUCAUAUCUACGAGGUCAAGCCAUUAGACAUUUCCUCGUCUCUGCGAUUUCUUGAUGAUGGUACAUCAAUGACAUCAGCUAAUUACAGGAAACAGUCACUUGAGCUAGUCAUAUAUGCAAAUGGAAAUCCAGAAGUUCUUCAUUAUAUGAAGAGCAGAUUCCAAAAAGAAUUUGACCAGCUAUCACAAGAAGUUCUGCAGACCUCUCCCAUCUGCAUUCCACGUAUAUUGAGGAGCUGUUACGGACUUGACGAAAAUGAGAUGAAUAUACUUUUGGACAUUGCAUGUUUCUUUCGAAAGAUGGAUAGAGACGGCGUUGCAAUGUUGCUCGAUGGCUGUGGUUUCUUUGCACAUGUUGGAUUUAGAAACUUGUUUGACAAGUCGCUGUUAACCAUAUCACACAACUUACUGAACAUGCACAGGUUUAUCCAGGCUACUGGUCGAGAGAUUGUUCGCCAGGAGUCAGGUAACGAACCAGGAAAGCGCAGUAGGUUGUGGAAUGCAGAAGAAAUUAUGGAUGUAUUCUUAAAUGAUACUGGUACAUCAGCUAUUGAGGGUAUUUUCCUGGACAUCCCGAGAAGGAAAUUUGAUGCAAAUCCCAAUAUAUUUGAGAAAAUGCGGAACCUUAGACUGCUAAAGUUUUAUUACUCUGAAGUGAUAAACAGCGUUGGAGUAUCUUUACCUCACGGUCUGGAAUAUUUGCCAGGCAAGCUAAGGCUUCUCCAUUGGGAGUACUAUCCUUUGAGUUCCUUGCCGCAGAGUUUUGAUCCAAAGAACCUUCUAGAGCUUAACUUGCCAAAUAGCUGUGCAAAGAAACUCUGGAAAGGAAAAAAGAGUCUGGAAAAGCUGAAAAAGAUGAGACUUAGCUACUCCUGCCAGUUAACAAAAAUCCCAAGAUUUUCAAGUGCGCCAAAUCUCGAGCUUCUUGAUCUUGAAGGUUGUAACAGUUUGGUGAGCAUCAGCCAGUCUAUCUGUUAUCUUACAAAGCUUGUUUCUCUGAAUCUGAAGGACUGCUCGAAGCUGGAAAGUAUACCAUCUACGGUUGUUUUAGAAUCUCUUGAGGUUUUGAAUAUCUCUGGCUGCUCAAAGCUAAUGAAUUUUCCAGAGAUUUCACCAAAUGUGAAACAACUCUACAUGGGUGGGACUAUUAUACAAGAAAUACCGCCAUCGAUCAAGAACCUGGUAUUGCUUGAGAUACUAGACCUGGAAAACAGCAAACACCUCGUGAAUCUUCCAACCAGCAUCUGCAAGUUGAAGCAUCUUGAAACACUAAAUCUCUCAGGCUGCUCAAGCCUUGAGCGGUUUCCUGGCUUGUCUAGAAAGAUGAAAUGCUUAAAGUCUCUUGAUUUAAGCAGGACGGCCAUUAAAGAGUUACAUUCCUCUGUUUCAUAUCUGACUGCUCUUGAAGAACUGAGACUUACAGAGUGCCGGAACCUCGCAAGCUUGCCUGAUGAUGUGUGGAGCCUAAGAUUCAAGGUUGAAUUCCGCCAAAUUGACACAGAGAAGUUUUCACGACUGUGGAAUAGAUUAGGAUGGCUUAAGAAAGUUCAGAUUUCUUAGUUUCUUCUUCUAUGAACCCUGGAAUGGACACAACAAAGAUCGUUGCUAGUUUCUCCAAUGUAAUGGCAGACCCGUGAGUGUGAAAUAGAGCUGUGUUAGAAUCUCGAUAUCGUAAUACUUUCACUCUGUAACAAACUCUCAGUCCUCUCUGUAGUGAUGUUAAAUCCAGAGCCAAGGUGCUAACCCUCUUUUGUUUAGUAUAAAUCUAGCCCUAUUUUAAUCCA